AUGGCAAAUUCAGUUUCGACAACCAAGCCUUCAGCAACAGAAAAGGUAUGCUUAUUUAUGGACUGGGCGAAUGUGUAUCAGAGCGCCAAGGAAGGCCAUAAUGUGACCCAUUUCGAACGAUACCAUAGUGUGGCACAGCCAUCGUCGUCCACAGACGCUAUUCUGAAAUCUUCCGAAGAAACACCGAUAUUACGCCGUCGAGAUGAGAGGCUAUUGGCUGCAACAGCUGUGUGUCUCGAUAUGCUUAAACGAAGUAAUGCAAGUGAUGUUUUGGUCAACGAUUGGGUAAAAAACCUAACAAAUCUGAUUAAGCGAACUGGGUGCAAGACGUCGUUAAGUAAUCAUGACGCUUCACCAAAAAUAGGUAGGAAUUGGUACACGGUACGUGGUCGACCCACACCUUCUGCAAAAGAAUUCCGUGGCAAGUUUGAAAGAUGGCUUGACACUUCCAACGACGAUUUGGCACAACGACUGAAAGCUGUAAGACAUACACUUGAACCAUUCUUGUCGAAGCGCGUAGAGAUAAAUCGUGAACCGGAAGUUCAAAAGCAAAUGCAGGCGGCCCAGAUACUUGAUGCGAUGACAGAAAGUGAUUCAGAUUCAGAUUCAGAUUCCGAACCACGCGAUCCUGGCGACGCGGAGGGGAUCGACGAUUUUGCCGACUAA